GCUGACGCAGCUUGGCUGGUUCACAGUGCUGGGCCUGCACGAUCCACCGGAGGAUGGUUGGUACAGUGCGCUUGGAUCAGAAACAAUGGUCGUUCGCAGCGGCUCGCUGUCGGGGAGCCAAGCGGAGGACAAUGUUGGAACUCUCCGCUCGUGACCAAUAGCCGUGAGGGGUGAAAUAGUCUGGGUAAAGGGGGGCUUGCCCGGCUUGGCGAUAAAGCCCCACGACCGAGCGGCGGCCAGCAAACAUCAACUCUUUCGAUGCUCAAUCCUUCUGGAGGCUUCGACACCAUGCCCAGCAAGCACCCGUUUUUUCUGAAGAUUGUAGACCAGCCCGAGAGAGUUCGUUCCUCUGGGUUUGGCCAUCAGCUUCAUGGGCGGCCAAUCGAUCCAGCCCCGGUCCUACAACUCUUUCGGCGGGGUGCUGAUGGAGAGUUGAUUUCUGAUCCCUCGUUGAUGACGGAAGCGUCGCUCUUUGUGAUCCAUGUCCAGCUCUAUGCUGCUGAUGGCAUGGAGGAUCGAAGCCUUGUCGUCAACCCGGCCCGGCUCAAGGAAGCUGUUCCUCGCCCCUCGACUUCCCUGGCACUCCAUCAUCGGGUCGCUCAUACCCCAUCCCCGGACACAGACUCGCUCCAGACAGAGAACGUCAUUGGUUCGCCAAGCAUGGCGCCUGUCGCAGCAGCCAAUGGCUGCCAGAGCUGCAGCCCUGAUGCAGGCAGUCCCGACUGGCUUCAGGGUUUGAGCGACAGCGACCAAGUCGCGAGGAUGCUGUUUCCAGCCGCCCAACCCUCGCUCUUCGGGAACUUGGUUUCCUCGGCUGUUUUCUCCAAGAGUGCCCAAAACUCCAUGACCGGCGUCUUCUUUGUGUUCUCCAAGCUGUUCAUUCGAGUCGAAGGAACAUACAGGCUCAAGUUCACCUUGGCCGACUUGGGCGAUCCUUGCUGCCCUGCCUUGGCCACCAUCCAAUCCGAGUCGUUUGUGUCCUACGGAUGGAAGAACUUUCCAGCAAUGUCAGAGCCCACGUCCACUUUCAAAGCCCUUGCCCAGCAAGGUGUCCAUGCUGUCCGUCGAAGUCGAGGAAGGAAGUGAUCUUUGCAAUCGCUUCAGUCUCCAGAGAGGAGUCUCGCUUCGCUUUGCAGUAAGCAUGCACACGUCUCAGUUACCCUGUG